AGAAGAGUUCGCUCUCUAGUAUCACAAUUAUCCUAUAAUUUCAAUUAUCAAUGCUCUCGGUAAUGUGUAAUAAUACUAUUAUAACCUUCAAUAAAGUAAGAUUCGUAAAUUGUUCCUAUUAUUUUCUUUCACAACUAUUGAAUCUAAAUUUAUUGAUAUUAAAAUUCAGGAUUUUAUGUCACUAAAAAGCUAUAAGCUAUUUUAUGUGGGAUGAGUGAGUAGAUAAAUUGAAAUGUUCACCAAACAAAAACGAAAAUGAUUCCACGGAUUCAGAACUCGAGGAUGAAAUUCAGGUUCAGGAUUCUGAUUGCGAUGCGUCGGAUAGUAACGAAGGCAAUAAUUCCAUAUUAAUGUCAAGAUUGACAUAUGUUCCCAUACCAGAGGAACGAUUGAAAUUAGCCAAUAUGUUUAUUGAAGUACAGCAUGAUGUACCUCCGCAACAUAGAGUGGAAGAAACCGCAGGUACUCGUACUUUGAAGAACAGAGAGAGAGAGAAAAUUGAAAAAUAUGUUUCUUUAAAAUCUGGUACAUUCUCUAAAGAGGAAGAUAAGCUAAUUAAAAGGAAUUGGAAAACUUUCUGCAAGUUAUACGAGUGGGAUCCUAAAAAUCCAAAACCAUUUUUACAAAUGAAAUUAAAAAAUAAAGUCUUUUUCCUGAAUUUAAGAAAUAGAAAAAAGUUUGUUCAAUUUCUAGCUAAUGGACUUUUUGACAGAUCUUUGUAUAGUGUUUAUAAUAGAUUCAAAGUAAUGUAUGAUCCCCACAAAGUAUCCAGAUACAGCGAAUAUGAAGAUAAAAUAAUUUUGAAUUCCUUACAAAAUUCUAAAGUUACGAUUAAUAAUCGUAAGUUUGCAGAUUUAGCUUUAACUUUAAAAAGAACGAGACACUCCGUGUGGCGUCGGUAUCGUUUGUUAAAAAAAAAAUAUAAAUUAGAAUCUGUGGACCAUAAAUCUUGAUGAUUAUUCCAAUUUCAUCAAUUUAUAAUCAAUAAUUUUUUGCAAUUGGAAAAUAUUUGUAUUAAUAGUUAUUAAUA